GGGUUAAGCGAAUUGACUUGAGAGAAGGUUUGCUUGGACACCUCAUACACCUCACAGAUUCAGGAUGGCAAAGCCAAUCAGAUUGAAUUCAUGGGCAGUUUCAUCCCCUGUUCGUUUUUUGCCAUGUAACACGUGGCGAAUUCCGGGACCUUCAGCUCUGAGAGCUCCAGAAAUGCCGCCCAACUCCCCACCCGGCUCGGGACCGGGCCGCCCGGACCGCCCCGGUCCCCGUCCGGAAACGGGGGGCGUUGGCCAUGCUGAGCAGGCUGAACAGCAUGGCGCCGUUGCCUUUUUUGGGUUCCUCAAUAUUUGGGGCUCAGCAGACCAUCUAUAGCUAUCUUCUGAGAAUUGUUCUGAAGCUCAAUCAGUUGGGUGGUGGGCAAAAGCACGACCCGAAGCAGCAAGACCCAGCAUCCGGCGCAUCCGCCUGAGUGUCCGAACAUGUCAAAGUUGAUGCCGACCACCGAGAUCCAGAAACCACAUGAAUCAACAGAUCUCCGACCUCCAUCCUCUGCCCCUGCUCUCUUUCAAGCCAUGGCACCUGGAUGCCAUGACCACACGGCAAAGCCCUGGUCGCAGAGCUCCCCUGACCUCUAUGGACCACAAGUCGGAGCUCCAAGUCGGCAUAAGCCACCAACACGAACAUGGCACGAGCGUGGCGCACGUGGCGCCCGUAGCAUCGCGGCACGCACAUGUGCUGCCAUGCCAGAUUUGCCUGAGAUCCUUCGGCGAUGUCAACUCUCAGGACCUGCAGCUGUUGAGUCCUUGGUGCUCUUCUCAGGUGGAUGUGGCUCAAUGGCUUUCUCAUGCGCUCCGUGAAACCAGCCGGAACGGUGGUGCUGAGGGUGUUGAUGCCAUCUUUGACGCUGCCAUGGCCCAGCUCACUUUUGGCCAGUGCAUCCAUUGGUCCUUUGAAGGCCAUGACUUUCGAGCUCGCCCUGAGGGGCGGGUGAAUCUCCCUGAGGACAUCGCUCGGCUUUGUGAUCCGUAUCUUCAUGUUGCAGCCGGCUCCUUGGGACAGAGUGUCCCGCGGAAGCCGCAUGUGUUGGCACUCUUCCGCCGGAACGUGCUACAAGCCCUCUGGGCAGAUGCCAUGAUUGCAGUGAUCUGGGAAGACUUGGAAGCAUCAUACCCUUUGCGAAUGGGCGGUGGGACCAAGUGGGCUGCACAGGUUUAUGUGGAUCGCUUUCAGCCCAUCGGUGUUGAAGCUGCUGAGUCUUGUCACUUGUAUCUCUAUGAAGUGAACUCUGCGGUUUGGAAACGUUGGGACUGCCUGGCACAAGCUUGGACGCCUGCAUCACCACCCAUCCUUUCCCGCACCAUGAGCUUUGCGGGCAUUGGAACCCGCACGCCUCCACAGCAUGCCAUCGAUGCCAUCCACAGCUUGUUCAAAGACCUCAGUGGCCACCUCAGCGACUCCGCACCUGAUCCACACCUGGACGAACCCAAAGAGAGCAACUGCUCGGGCGAGUCCCAUGGUCCAAGCGCCCUGCAUGUCCCAAGCGCGCUGUGUGCGUCUGGCCGGCGCUGGAGGCGACGCGACUGACGUGCGCAUGGAGAAAAUCGAUAACAUCAGCGGUCCUCGACGUCCUCGAUGGAGAUUGUACAGCGGUCCUCGAUUGAGGUGUACACGUCGUGCGCAAUGACGCGCAUGUUUUGGGUUCCCAGACAUGACUAAAUGGGACUGCCACAUGUAC